GGUCCGAUCCCCUCCCAACUUUGAGCGGGGCUCGGAGUCGCCUCUCCGAGGGACCCUGGCCGGGAACCUAGUCCUUCCCCGACCCUUUCCGGCCGGACGCCCCAGCGCUCCUGUCCACUCCGCGACACACCCUCCACCCGGCGAGCUGGCCCCGUACCCUCUCUCGACCCCACUUGGGCCACAACUCUGCCCCGUGCCUCACUGUCCCCACCCCGUGCGCUCGGCCCUGCCAGGAGGUGGCACUUUGGGCAUCGGGGGUGCCGGGGUGGGGCCUAGACAGGGGGUUUGGCAUGUGCAAGCAAUUUCAGAGGCAAUAUUUCCUUCCCUGCCUCGGAGUUCAGAUCUCUGCCUUCCCCUGGGACCGGCUGAGAGAUCUCAAGCAGCCCACCUGCCAGGUGGAGGGCACCGCCACGCCUCCAGUUCGCAGGCGCCUGGGCCCUUCCGGGGCUCUGGAGGGCUCCCCCGGGCCUGCACUCCGGCAGGCCCUGGGGGUAUCUGCAGGCCCUGACUGCUUUCUUCACACCCGCUUUCCAGGAAGGUGUGACUGGGACAGGUUCCUUCAAAGUGAGCGCUCAACAGGAGACGCAGCAUCAUGGCCAGCGUGCUGUCCCGCCGCCUGGGCAAGCGGUCGCUCCUGGGAGCCCGGGUGCUGGGCCCUAGCACCUCGGAGGGGUCGUCAGGGGCCCCGCUGCCCUCGGAGCCUCAGGCAGAGCUGCAGGAGGGCGGCGCCCCACAGCCUGUGCUGGGCUGCAAGGACCUUGGGAGCCGGGAGCAGCCCAGGGAGGUCCUCCAGGCCCUGGGCUCUGCGGGGCUCCAGCAGGCAGCCUUUCAGCCUGGGCAGAAGGUCUGCGUGUGGUAUGGGGGCCAGGAGUGCACCGGCCUGGUGGAGCGGCACAGCUGGGCGGAGGACAAGGUGACGGUGUGGCUGCUGGACCAGAAGUUGCAGAUCUGCUGCAAGGCCGAGGAGGCGUGGCUGGCGGAGCUGCGGGCUGUGGGGUCCCCAGAGCGCGGAGGCCCUGAGCCGGCCUACAGACCCGUCUCCAGGAACAUCGACGUCCCCAAGAGGAAGUCAGAUGCGGUGGAAAUGGAUGAGAUGAUGGCGGCUAUGGUGCUGACGUCCUUGUCCUGCAGCCCAGUUGUACAGAGUCCUCCGGGGGCUGAAGCCAACUUCUCUGCUUCCCGUGUGGCCUGUGGCGACCCCUGGAAGGAGAGCGGGGACGUGUCUGACAGUGGCAGCAGCACCACCAGCGGUCACUGGAGUGGCAGCAGCGGCCUCUCCACGCCCUCACCCCCGCACCCGCAGGCCAGCCCCAAAUAUUUGGGCGAUGCCUUCGGCUCUCCCCAAACUGACCAUGGCUUUGAGACUGAUCCCGACCCUUUCCUGUUGGAUGAACCCGCUCCACGCAAGAGGAAGAAUUCCGUGAAAGUGGUGUACAAGUGCCUGUGGCCCAGCUGUGGCAAAGUCCUGCGCUCCACCGUGGGCAUCAAGCGACACGUCAGAGCCCUGCACCUGGGGGACUCUGUGGACUCCGACCAGUUCAAGCGGGAGGAGGAUUUCUACUACACUGAGGUGCAGAUGAAGGAAGACCUUGCCGUGGCUACGGCUGGCCCCUCUGCCCCCGGGACCCCCGCUGCCGAGCCAGCCCCCGCCGCCCGAGUGACCAGCCCGUCCCUCGCUGCCCUUCCUCUGCCUCCGCCCAAAGCCCCGUGCUCUGGCUCCAAGCACCCUGUCCUGGAGUCUUCCCUGCCUUCCGCUGCGCUCAGCAAGUCAGCGCCCAGCUCCUUCUGGCACAUUCAGGCCGACCAUGCCUACCAGGCUCUGCCGUCCUUCCAGAUCCCCGUGUCCCCCCACAUCUACACCAGCAUCAGCUGGGCUGCUGCCCCCGCCACCGCUACCCCGCUCUCUCCGGUCCGGAGCCGCUCACUUAGCUUCAGUGAGCCGCAGCAGCCACCGCCUGCUGGGAAAUCUCACCUGAUUGUUACCUCUCCAUCCCGGGCCCAGAGCAGCACCAGGAAAGCCCGUGGCGAGGCCAAGAAAUGCCGCAAAGUGUACGGCAUCGAGCACCGGGACCAGUGGUGUACUGCCUGCCGGUGGAAGAAGGCCUGCCAGCGCUUCCUGGACUGAGCCCGCCACCGGCCACCGGCCGCCUGGCGCGGGGGACAGCGAGACGGAUGGGGGUCCGGCCACAGCAGAUCCCGGGGAGAUGCAGGCAGCAGCGUGGAAUUCCAGCCCAUUCGGCAAAGGUGUAACACUUAAAACACUUUCUCCCCCUUGGGGAACAUUUUAUUUAAAAAAAAAAGAAAUGAAAAUAUUUUUUCCCCCUAAAAUAGGAGAGAGCCAAAACUGACCAAGGGUAUUCUGCAGCGAACCAGAGACCAAAGAAUUCCCCCCUCCCUCUCCCACGCCCCUGUCCCUGCUCCCCUGGCUGGAGGGGAUGAGUUUGCCUCACAGAGGGGACAGCAUGGCCGUGAGUCCUGUUCCCUCCGAGGUGGUGAAUCCUUUGCUUUCUCGACUGUUCCAGAAAGGACUGUGAGCAAGAUGAACUUCCUUAAAAAAAAAAAAGCCGCUUCGCUCCGGAGGGAGGACUGUGGGUGGGUGGGGACAGCAGGUGUCUUGCUUGCCUCUGAGGGACCCCUCUUUCCCAUCUGAGCAGCUUCCGGAAGGAAAAGGAGGACCUUCCUGUGGUGACAGCUGUCUGUCCUACGGCUUCUUCUCGAAGCUCAAGCUUACAGAUUUGUGAAGACUGUCCACAGCUAGCUGAACCGAAAGGCUGAUACGAACUUGCUUUGGAAAAGUGCCAUUCGGCAGUUCCUUGAGCGGGUUGUGUCUCCUGGAGGAAGGGAGAGAGGGUCUCGGUGUUGGGGGAGAUGCUGCUCGUCCUGUGUCACCCCCCCGGGGUCUCUUCCCUCGUGGCAGGAGGACAGGCCAGAGCACUUUGUCCUUUUGCCCAGUGUGUUCUGAGACUUUCAUGUGGGCGGCGCAGGGAUUUCCCCAGCUCCUCGCCUUGUGGAAGGCAGGUUAAGGAGGGCCAGAGGGCUUCAGGGGAUGUCACUCAGGCUGAGGGCCUCAGGGGGGAGGUGUGGGGUUGAAUAUCCACUGGCGUUUCGGCCUUGGGAGUUUGUAGAGAUCAGGUGUUUAGGGGGGACGGGCGGAGUUGGGGGUCAUUGCGCAAAGCUGUUCUUGCUGAGGAGAGAGCCAGGAAGUUUGGUCCUUGUCAACCAGGGCUGCCUCAGAGCCUGAACGAGACCACCCUGGGCUCACUGUGUCUGUGUGUCAUCUUCCCUGGGACUGAGCAGUACUGUCCACCUUUGGCUGUUAUCUGGACUGUUCUCUCAGUCCCAGGUAAAAACACCAGGCCACCAAGGCUCCAGGGAUGAUAUCACGUGAAAAAUGAUGCAGGUGUGGUAAAACCUGUACCCCCUCAGCAGAGGGAUGUGAUUUUGUGAAGGGUGUAGGGGCUGGUUGGUGACAGAAGGAUCAGAUACGCUUAUGCAUGAGUGUCUUUGGUGGGAAUAUAUUUUUAUAACUUGGGAAAAAUGGAUGUGGACACCUGUCGCUUGGUGAAGCCUGAAACCAGGCCAACCAGGGGUGGCCCAGGGCUCCUCUUCUGUCCUUCGUGGAGAAUUAGGAGCUAGAGACAGGCCAUCGUCUCCAGAUCUUCCUGGGGAGGGAGCAUCUUGCCAUCGGGACCCUGCCCUGGCGGCCCCUUCUUCUCUUCCUGUCUGAAGCAGCUUGGACCGUGCAGGUGUAGCUGAUGCAAGGAUUUCUUCUCCACCUGAGGCAGACUCCUCGUGCCACUGGUGCGCAGGACAGAAAAGGAAGAGUGAAAGAAGGAAUUGACGGGACACUCUAACAGUGGAGGGGUUUUGCUUCUGUGCGGCCUUUUCUGUCUGCAUUGCUCUGUCCCCCCUGCUCUGUGGUGGUGGCUUCCUCCGUGUUCUUGCCGUCGCGUGGGUUCCUGACGUGUGGUCUGCCCUUGGCUUGGCUCUCUGAGUCCCUUGUCAGAGCUGGGGUAGUUUGUGAGUUGACCCGGUGAUCGUGUGCAGUUUUCCACCUGUGUAUCUCCCUGCUUCCCCGCCCCUCCCUGGGCAUCAGGUGCGAUGGGAGGAUGAUGCCACAGGUGCACCAGGACCCAUCUGCGGGGCAGUUAUCUUGGGAAACUGUUUAUCUGAGGAGUCUGCUGAUUAGAUGGUUUCUUGGAAUUCCUGUCCGAGCAGAGGCUGCCCCUGGGAGGCGAAGUCCACGUCGUGCAGGACAAAGAGAAUUGCGCCUGUGGUCAGGGGAAGUCUCAGGUGCAGAGCAAAAGGACGCAGGUAACUUAGUUUGGACUUAAUGUGAAUUUUAAGCUGGCUGAGCAAGCAGUUUGGUGACUUCAGACAGUGUCGUGAGCUACGGCCAUGUCACAGGGAGGAUUUCUUGGAGGACGCUAUUAAUUUAGGUGUGGAAAAUCUGAUUUGUUGGAAGAAAGAUCUGUCCUGUUACUUUCUGGUCACCCAGGUUCUGACUUUGGCAGGGGCAAAAAAAAAAAAAAA